UUGCCCUUCUUCGUCCCCAAGACCCAAAAAAAAAAAAACACUCACGAAACGAAAUGCAGCAGCAAGUAAAGAAAACCUCUUUGCUAAUUUGUUUAGGAUAAUCAAUUUUGAAAUCGUUGAUGUGAAUGGUUGGUGUGCAGGGAAGCAGUAGUAGUGGAUCUGGGAUGGAGGUGACAUGGGAGGACCAGCAGAACAUUAAUACUUUCAGUCGUUUCAACAACAGAUUCCAUGAACUCGAAGACGAAAUCAAAUUCGCCAAGGAAAAGUGUGAAAAUCUGGAGGAUGCAGGGAACGAGUUGAUCCUUGCUGAUGAAGAGAUGGUGCGGUUUCAAAUCGGAGAAGUGUUUACUCAUUUGCCCAGGGAAGAGGUGGAAACAAGGAUUGAAGAGAUGAAAGAGGCGACCUGCAAAAGCCUUGAAAAGCUCGAGCAAGAGAAGGAAUCCAUUGUCUCACAAAUGGCUGAGCUCAAGAAGGUACUUUAUGCCAAGUUCAAGGAUUCUAUCAAUCUUGAAGAAGAUUAAUCAAUUAGAUCCAACUUAGAGCUUUGCUUUCUUUCUUGCAUUUUCUCCCUACCCACACACCUACACUGUGUGUGUGUCUUGUACCCGAGUGUACACCCGAAUUUUCAGCAUAUUGGGUUUGUCUCCUUUUUCUUAAGAUUCAUGACAGACAAUGUCUACUACGUGCUUUCUCUGUUUUCCUUUUUUAUUACCACUAUGAUUUUCAAGUA